UAAACCUUGACACUCGUGCUCGUGCAGCUCAGUUGCUUCACAGUGUCAGUGUCACAAGUUCAACAGGAAUCUUCGGUUCGUCCGUCAGUCCGUCAGUCAGCACCUGUCACCAUGAACAGAGCAGUUGUUUUCGUGUUUGUCGCCUGCUGUGCGCUCUCAGCACUGUCAUUGGCUCAAGAUGAACAGCAAUCCAAUCCUUCUGGGACUGUGAUCCCUGCAGAGGAAUUUACAAAACCCUCUAGUCCGAAGACUACAACCACCACCCCAAAGACAACCACCACCGCCAAGACUACAACAACCACCGCCAAGACUACGACCACCACCCCGAAGACAACCACCACCCCGAAGACUACAACCACCACCCCGAAGACAACCACCACUACCGCCAAGACUACAACCACCACCCCGAAGACAACCACCACUACCGCCAAGACUACAACCACCACCCCGAAGACAACCACCACCACGGCCAAGACUACAACCACCACCGCCAAGACCACCACCACCCCGAAGACUACAGCUCCUCCUCCUCCUCCUCCUGAACCUACUCCCUCUACCAACGUGACUGCAGGAAACUACAGCCUAAAGACCGACAAAAAUGCGACUUGCCUGAUGGCUCAUAUGUCAUUGCAGAUCCGAGUGGCAACAGCAAAGGUCAAUGGAACCUUCAUUGUUCAGCCAAAGAAGACCAAAGCUUCCGGAUUUUGUAAGGGAACCACGGCCAACCUUACCCUUGAGUUCAAGGAGGGCCACAUCACCUUCAUGUUCAACAAGAGCACUGCAAAAAAUACUGCCUAUGUGAAUUCUCUGUCUUUCGACAUCUCCUACCCCUUCAGCAAAGGAGCUUUGGACCGGUACCAGGCCAAGAACGACUCACUGAGUCUCUUCUCCUCUAAGAUUGGACACUCGUACUCCUGCAAGGAUGAAUCAAUUUACAUGGGGAAAGGACUGUACCUGGAAGUCAGUGAGGACCGGCUGCAGGCCUUCAAUCUGACCCAGGCCAAUGAGUUUGGCGCUACUGAUUUCUGCCCAGCGGACCAGCCCGAUUACAGGGUUGCCAUCGGGGUGGGAGUGACAUUGCUGGUGCUCAUUAUCAUCGUGGUGGUGGCGUAUAUCCUGAGCCGCCGGAAGAGAGCCGAUGGCUACCAGUCUCUGUGAGGUGGGGAGGGUCAGAGUGAGAUGAGGUCCCCCAGAGGGGAUGCAUGUUAUAAAUUAGUCAGGCUAUGGGGCUCUUUCUCAGGGGCUGAAGCACUGAAAACUAACCUGUCCUGUCCUUUAAUGCCUUUGUUUACCUAUUUUACUGUUCUGUCAAUUAUCUAGAGUACAAGUCCCUGUAGCGAGCCACCUUAAAGAGCUUCAGUAUACAAUCAAUUAAUACGUUGACUUAUUUAUAAAGCUGUUAUAAAUUAAUUAAUCAGAGUAACACUUGUUGUAUCUAAGUCCAAAGUAAAAAGAAAUAGAAAAUCACUAAAUUAGCUGAUUAAUCCUUCAAUUCAAGAAAGGCAUUAAAAUAUCUAAUUUACUUAUAUGUCGGUCUUUCAAAUUCUGUCUCACUUUUUAUUGAUAUUCUGCUUCAACGUGUAGAUUUGUUAUCUAUUCAAUUCAAGAUGUUUCAGCAGAGUCUGACCCACAGAGCAGCAGAGAUAGCUCUGAUUAACCAGUCUCCUGCCAACACACAACCUGGCCUUGGACUUUAGAUUGAACUGUGAGUUGACAGCUUACACACAGCCUGUGUAAUAUCUUUUAACAUUAAUUGAAACCCCUAAAGCCCCAAGUUAUUAGUUGAUAAUAUAAGCAGACAUGCUUAUAUUAUAUCAAAUAACAAAAAGUAAUAUUAAAAAACAAACUAGUGACAAGAAAACAAAGCAGGACAGUAUAUGUUUGCUACUUUGAGAUUUUUAAUUCACAGUUUUUAUACUAAUUUGAUUAAUUAAAAGCUUUUAACUGGUUCUAUUCCAGUGACGCACAACAUACAAAACUUUUAAUCUCAACAUGCCAGUAGACGGUUUUUAUACGGCAAUUGUUUUGGCACAAAUGUACAAUACAAAUGACCAGAGAAUAUGAUUCUCAUCAAGUCGCUGACACAGUAUUUCGACAAAGGGACACUAUAAAUGAUGAUACACAUCCUUAAAAACUGACAUCCUGUGUAUUUGUGUAAUAACUGACCAAAAUAUCUCAUCAUAAUCAGUUGAGGUUAGGUUUUUUUAUGAUAGAUAAGUCAGUGACUGUAUUAGAAGAUGGCCGGCUUUAAAAUCUCUAUCUCCCCCUGGUGGUGAUGCCAUAAAAAUAGGGUGGGAGACUGACACUUGUGGUCAGAGCUGUGAUCGUGGUGUCAUGAAGGGAAAUAGUCAGAUUUGACCCACGGUUUUUCUUCCACAAAUGUUUACUUCACUAUAUUAGCAUGGUGUCAAAUGUUUUGUUAUCCCUAUGUUGUUUUAAAGAUUCAAAUCUUGUGUAUUCUGCUAUCCAGGGAUUGUGUAUCGUAAAAGAAGGGAAGUUAACCAGUCUCUAACCUUACUGGUGAUUAUUCAUGUUGCAUUAUCAAUCAGCACAAAGGGAAAAUUAAUAGGAUGUUAGUAAGGGAUUAUUUCUAUCUUAUCAACAUUAUUUGCUCUGAUUGCUGUUCCAACCAUUGUCUUUUUAAUAUGUUAUGUACCUGAUGUUGUGUCUUCAUAGACAUGUUACGGCGUAGGUCAGUCUGAUUAAAUGUUUAAUGGGCUCAUACAUUCAUCAGAUCUCAAGAUCUCCUCUCUCCUUCCCCAUCAAGUCCACUCUGAUACACUUCACUGUCCUGGUGUAAUGCACAAACUAAACUGGUUUUAUAGGGAAUACACUUUAUCCAAUAAGGUAAUUCUGGUGGAAGUUGAUAUUUCAAAACCUGGAUGAGGGGGAAAUAAAAAAAAAAAAAUGUUAUUUGUGUGAGCGGGCUUAUAAGUAGGCUAGACCUCCCUUUAAUGAAGAAACCCCCUACUUGUCUUAUUAUGAUAAAAAUGUUGUGCUGGGAAAUGACUGACUGGAAUCAAUCACUAGCCAAUCACCGUGUCAGCGUUGGCCAACAGCUUCUUUAGUAGUUUGCCAGAGAGAAGGAGUGAGUGUAGUGCAGCUGGAGUUCAUCCAAUCAGGUAAUGCGGUGAAGUGAGGAGAAAUGAGGGACCUUGCUGCAUGUAAAGUUAUCAACAGUGUGUGAGCACUUUGUUUGCCUGUUUGUAACUACCUGUGACAAUAAAGUUUGAUAUAUUCUG